AUGUUGGACAAGUUCAGAUCUAGGGAUAAACAGUCGUUCUCUGAGCAGGAGCUUGCCUACUUAAGGUCUCAACAGAGCUCUCAGAUGGGCGGUGGAGGGAUGCCACCACAAGGGUACGGAAGAAACUCGUUCCUUCAAAACAACAGAACCUCUUUCGCUGCUUCCGAAUCUUCUCAAGGAAUACCUUACAGAACUAACUAUAACAUGCUUCCCCCAAGUUCUUCAGGCGAUUCUUCGGCCGAUUCAUCCCAUAUGAAUGAACCAAAUUACAAUAGUCCGAUCAACUCGAAUUUCAACGAAUCUUCGGUGUCGUUAUCUACUUUCAAUAUGCCUUCAUUGGAUUCCACUUCCAUUAAUGACCCAAGAAACUCUAUAUAUAGAGGUGCGGGGGGUUCUAUCGCCGGCGGGUCGGUGUUAGACGAUAUGAGAUCGAUGUAUUUACCAAACGGUGAAGAAGAAGAAUAUGAACCAGGCACCCCUACCAGUGGUGAUUUGAAUGCUGUCCAUUUUAGAGAUUUAGCUUGGCAGAACGUCAUUACCAAAGUGGCAAAAUCAAUCGUGAUCUUGAAAUUCACCAAGGUUCAUAAUUAUGAUACCGAACAAACCGGUAUUUUCAAAACUUUGGGUUUCAUUGUCGAUGAUACAAGUGGGUUGAUCUUGACAUGUAAAAAAAUCAUCGGUAACGGUCCGAUCCAAAUCAUCGCCAUUUUCAAUAACUUUGAAGAAGUGUUGGUUAAGCCUUUAUAUAUUGAUCCUACCCAUGAUUUCAUGAUUUUGAAGUUUGACGUUUCCAAAAUUAAGUUUUUAAAGAUUCAAGGGCUAGAAUUAUCUCCAAAUUUGGUGAAGCUCGGUUGUGAAUUCAAAAUUUUCUCGUUGAACAACAAUUUGAAUGAUUACGAUCAUGAGGAAAACAAUUUAAUCGUCCUCAACGGUUUCAUCUCUCGAUUGGAUUGUAAUGCACCAAUUUAUGGUUCUGGUCAAUUCUUGUCAUACAACGAUUUCAACACCGAAUACAUGCAAGCCUUGACAUAUAAUGCGUUCAAGAAUGAUGCCAAGGACAAAAAAGAUCAGUUCUUCUUGACUUGUGGGUCCCCAGUUAUUGAUAUCAACGGGUUUGUUAUUGCGUUGGAAACCGCUAGUUUUAUCAAUAACAAUGAUACGUCUACCUCCACUAACUUCUUAUUACCAUUAUACAGAGCCCAAACCAUCCUUCAAGAUAUCCAGCAACAUAUGGAGACUGGAUCAUUAUUCAAACAAGUGCCAGUAAAGACCUAUGAAGAAGAGGACAAUUUCUACGAUCCAAACAAUCCAUCACCAGACGAUCUUAAUCAUAACUUGGCCAAACAACAAGGCGCUCAACAAUCCAAACCGUUGAACUACCAAAGCAGAAUCAACAUCAAUCGUGGUACCAUCCAAGUUCAAUGGGUGUUGAAGACAUUCAAUGAAUGUAGAAAAUUGGGUUUACAAACCUUGAUUGAAAGUAUCGCUAGGGAAAAAUUCCCGGAUAUUAAUGGUCUUUUGGUCGCCAAGGUUGUUCUACCUUAUGGGCCAGCCCAUAGCAAGGUCAAGGAAGGUGAUAUUUUGAUUUCUGUCAACAAUUUUGAUAUUUGUUCGUUGAUUCAAUUAGAAGAAAUUUUGGAUAAUUCCAUCGAUAUGACCAUCAGCUUGGUGUUACAAAGAAAUGGGGAAAAUAUUAAAAUAAACUUAGAUGUCCAAGAUUUAUUUUCCAUUACCAGUUUGAAGUUUGUUCAAUGUUGCGGGGCAACUUUUAAUGACAUUAGUUAUAACUUGGCAAGAUUUUUCGUAUUACCAUUGCAAGGGGUGUUUUUGAACCAUUCUUAUGGGGCGUUCACCGAUAUUGGUGAUGAUAAUGUCAUCGUUGAUAAUAUUGAUGGCUUUGGGAUUUUCAACCUUAAUGAUUUGGUCAAUGUUAUUAGAAGAAUUCCAGAUUACAAGAAAGUUCCUGUAUCGUAUAGAUGUAUCAAGAAUUUGAACGAACAAAUCACCAAGAUCAUAACCAUCGAUAAGCAUUGGUUUAAGGCCCUUAAGAUUUUCCAAUUCAAUUAUAAAACUGGGUUAUGGGAUUAUCAAGAUAUUGGACAAACUAAUUAUUUACCUUCGAUUCCUAUUAAACCAAAAGUGGUGAGAUAUAAUCAAUCCGAGCUUGCCUCUGAAUUAGGUCAUUUGAGAAACAAUUCGGAAAUUUUGAACGUUUUAAGAAGUUUCGUAAAGAUCGAGGUUAAUUUCCCAUAUAGUGUCGAUUCUUUCCCAAAUACUAUUAAGAGAUGUUACGGGUUGAUCAUUGACAAUUUCAACGGUUAUGUAUUGGUCUCAAGAUAUUAUAUUCCUCAUGACUUGUGUGAUGUCACGGUCAUUUUCAACGAGUCAGCAUAUUUGCCAGCAGAAGUGGUGUUUAUGCAUCCAUUCCAAAACUAUGUGAUUUUGAAAUACGAUCCAUCUUUGGUUGAUUUCGACCCACAAUUCCAAUCCCAAACUCCAAACUUCAACACCAACAACGUUGUGUACUUAAGAAAGCACCAAAAGGUUUUGUUUGUUGGGUUUGACAACAAUUUCAAGCUCACAGUGGCGGAAACCUCGAUCAAAGAUAUCAAAUCAUCAAACAACAUCCAAGUCAAUCCAUAUAAUCCAUUUUACAAAUGUUGCAACUUGGAAUUAUUGAAAGUGGACAACCAAUACGUUCAAAACAAAUGUAAUUUUGGGGUGUUGUGUGACCCAAGUUCUGGUAAAAUUUUGGGGUUGUGGUUAAGAUUCAGUGUGUUUAGCAGUAAUCAAAAUGUUUCUUUGGCCAAUACUGAAAGACCGACCAUUAAAUUUUCUGUGGAUCAUGAAGCCAGUAAAAGAGGGAAAAAAGCUAACCAACCGGUUGAUUAUUCGUACAGUAUGGGGGUUGAUGUGUUACACAUUAUCAAUAUUAUUUUACACUUCCAAGCGGUGAAUAAACCACCUAAGGUCAGAAUUUUGGAGACCGAAUUCAACAAUAUCUCCGUGUUGAAGGCAAGAAUUAAGGGGUUAUCCGAUGAAAGAAUCGAUUUUAUUGAAAUGAAGUCCCACGGUUACAGCUCUAGUAAGCAUCAAGAUCAUAAAGCGACGAAAUUGAACUUUUUGGAAGUUUCGAAAAUGAUUUGCUCAGACUAUAGUAUCCCACCAAAGAUCGAUACCGCUACCGGCAAUGUGGUCGAAGGGGCUAAUACUGACGAAGGUGGAUCUAUUGUCGAUAGUAGACAAUUGAUGAAUUACAAUACCAACCAAGACUUGAUGAGUUUACAACCAGGGGAUAUCUUGUUAUCGGUCAACGAAAAUUUGGUCAAUCGUAUUGCCGAUUUGGAUUUGAUGUACUAUUCCAAAUAUUUGAAUUUUAAAGUUGUUAGAAAAGAAAGAGAAUUGAAUUUCAAAGUCAAGACCCAAGAAGUGACCAAUACUAACCAUGUGUUGAUUUGGUCAGGGUUAGUACUCCAUAAGCCACAUUUGGGAGUAAAACAAUUGAUCCAUUGCUCAAUGAAUGGGGUUUCCAACAAUACUUCUGUAGGAGCCACUACCACAAAAGCUUUGACAUUGGCAGGGGGUUCCGGUCCUAAUAAUGCAUUGACUGAUAAUAAUAAGCAUUUGCAUCCUGGUUUGCCAAGUGGGAUUUUUAUUAGUGAUGUGAACCCUGGUUCGCCGGCUGAAUUGUUUGGAUUUGAGCCUAAUCAUUUCAUCACUCAUGUCAACGAUAUUCACACCCCAGACUUGGAUACUUUCAAGAAGGUCAUUGCCAAGAUCAGUAUUAUCCAACAUAAGUCCACUAAUUUGAUGAUGACCUCAGCGUUGAAGAUUAGAGUGGUGAAUAUGACCAACUUCCCUUGCAUCUUGCCAGUCCAACCAAACUAUUACUACAACCCAACCAUCGAGUUCAAAAAGGAUACCGGUAGUUAUCAAUGGGUUGAACAUAAUUACUUGGAUGAAAAGUUGUUCAAGUUUGAUCGUAAUAGAUAUGAAGAUUUCUAUUCUAGAAUGUGA